GAACGGGACUAUACGAAUAUUAUAUUACUUACAACAAUUAUAUACUAAAGACGUAUGAGUAUUAAUACGUAUGGUAAUUCCGCACAAUGCAUAAUGUGAUUACUGGAUUAUUUACUAGGUGGCGCUAAAGAAAGUAUAUUAGUCUUCCUACUCCGUGCUUACUGCGUUUGUGCAACCAGCCAUAAGUCCGAUCAAUAACAGUAGCAUAAAUCAUUCAGGUAGUUAAGCGUUCCACUGCAGUUCAUAGUGUUUUAUUAAGAAGUGAAAAUAAAAGCUAAGACAUGACGGUGUUUACUAAACCAUUGGAUAUUUGUGAAAAACCUAUAAUUAUAAAUACGCCUUAUGUUCAAGGAAGUAGUCGUAGCGAGUCCCGUGUGGACCUACCUGAGCAGGACUUCUACCCUCACCCUACGCAAACUGUGAAGGCAUUGAUGUAUCUUUUGAUGUCGGUGAUUGUGCUUCUCGCUUUGGGAGUGACUUCAAUCAUUGUCAUGCUGCGGCAGUAUAAAUCUGGGUACAACAACUACCAGGCCUUCUGCCACAUUCCAGUGCCAAGAGAUUUUACCGAGAGGAUGUCAGAUGGCCACUACCGCGCACUUCCUGUUAGUUGGUCAUCCAAGCCAAUGCUCCAAAUUGUCAGCACCAUCGACGAACCAGAGAGUGAUGAUAUCAUGGAUAUGCUAAAUGAGGAGCUGGAUAUUGGAGACUCUGUGGAGAAGAUCGCUGUUGUUGACAAUGGACGCCGAGUUGACUUCAUCCAUGACUUCAGCGACAAUGUUACUGGUAUUGUUGAUGCUGAGCGUUGCUUCGUGAUGGACUUGGAGCCUGAAAUCGUUAUGCCCCCAGACCUAUUCGUGGCUGGCCUCACAGCUCGAGAUCAAUUUGACGUGUCUAAGGUUCGCACCCAUUUGCGUGCAGCUUUGCCAGCUAUCGUAGACCUCGCUAAGACCGCAAAGAGGAUGGCGGAGACCUGCUUCGCAAGACCUGCUUACCGUCUUUACCGCGACGAUAACAUCAUUGAGAAACGUUCAACAGCUCAGCCUCAUGAUUACAUCCAGUUUUCCGGGAAGCACGUUCAAGAAAUCAAGAUUGAUAACAUCGCAGAGAUACUCAAAUACGAGGAGAAUCUUAAGAAGAAUUAAUCGCGUUUAGUUUUCGAAGUAGUGUUUGAAAUAAUCUUUGGUCACUUCAUGAGUUUGUUUUAGUCAUUGUUAACAGUGCCCUAAAUGUCAUACGGGAUACGCUUGCGGCACUUUACAGUUUGACAAUAAAUUCAUAAUAGUUGUCGCUUGACAGUUGGAGGGAAAUUCAUAGUUCUAAUUUCAAGUAAUUGCGUACAUACAACCAAAUAUUUGGAGGGAAGAUAAUUCUAAUUUCAAAAAUUGAGGAAGGCACAGAUUAAAUAUUCAUGUGACACAAUUUCAAUUAGUUGCACUAAAGCUUAGGCUGGAUAGAAUAAAAAAAAAUGUAUAACGGAAGCCAAGAUUAGAGUAGGUAAUUUUAAUGUUAGAAUAGUUUUAUCUUGAAUCUCAGUGUUAAAGUGGACCCUUAUCCUAUAUUAUAAAACAAUUUUAUUUUAGAAUUAUAUUUUGAUGUUGAGUAAGACUCUAAUAAUUAUAACAUUAAUAAAUAUAAUUAUUUUUUCUCAAAAACAUAUCUUUAGCCAAAAUUUAAUAACCCUAUAAAGAGCACAAGAUCUGAAACACGAAAUCGCUAAAAAUUAAUACGUCAGGAUAAUAAAACCGGCCACCAUUUUCACGUUUUAAGCACAAACAAAUCAUGUAUAUAAUAAAUAGCAAUUAAGUUCUAGUCCUGAAUUUUAAGCCAAAAUUAGCAUUGUGGUAAUAUUUUAGUCGCCAUUAUCAGAAGUACUAAGAUAUUUUAAGACACGAACGUAGCCCUGUGUAUCUGCAAUAGCAGAGUUUAAAUUUAAAUAAAAAAUAUCGUUGUCUGUUAAAUUGCCAUGUGGCAAAUCUUAUACACCUGUGUGACACCUGCAAAAAUAUUAUUUUUAUCUCUGGUCGCAGCUUGUUGACAUGUAUUUAUUUGUUUUUAACCAGCCAGCACUGAAAUGUAGCAAGCGGUUACAUAUUAAAAUAUGUAUAAAAUUUAUUGUCGUCACGCUUUUUAUACUGUGUUUUAUUUAAUACUGUGUUAAUUUUUCUGCAAAGCGAAUAUUAAUAAAGUUUAAAUGUAUGUA